AUGUUUUUUGACUCCUCUAGGAAGACUAGUGUAGAUGGGAGUGGUACUGAUGGAGGCACACCAUCUUCAGGAAGAGCAGUUGAAGGUUUGGAGAAUAUAAAUAUCUCUGUUAAGCUUUCAUCCAACGACGACGAAGAGAAUACCAACAUGCGCUGGGUGUUUUAUUCAGAUGCGGAGUGUGAAGUUCUUGCACAAUGUUACAUGGAUAUUAGCAUCGAUUCAGUUGUUGGAAACGAGCAAAAGAUGGACAAAAUGUGGAAACGCAUUGCGAAAGCCUACAAUGAAAAUCGCCCUGCCAACACUCCAAGUAGAAAGAUUGCAAGCAUCUGGAAGAGCGGUGCAAAUGAUGCUGAUAUUAUGGAGAUGGCACAAACAGAAUACAAGCAGCAUCACGAUUUUCAGAUGCGAAAAGAGUUAUUCACUCGCAUAGUGAAUGCUUUGGAAACCCACAACACAUGGUUUCAACAAAGACCCAAUGCCACAGGGAAGAAAGAUUUCACGCCACUACAAAAACGCACGAAUGCGAUUAGACAGUUGGCAUAUGGUGGCCCAGCUGAUCACUACGAUGAGUACUUGCGGGUUUCUGAAACAAUAUGGUACGAGUGCUUGCACCACUUCUACCGAGGUGUUAUUGAGUGGACAUGGAAAAAUUGCCCAGUAGCAUGGAAAGACCAAUUCACCCGUGGCGAUCAUGGGGUCCCAACAAUUAUGCUUGAGGCGGUUGCAUCUCAAGAUUUGUGGAUCUGGCAUGCUUUUUUUGGAGUUACAGGAUCCAACAAUGAUAUAAACGUGUUUAAUCAGUCUCCACUAUUCAACGACGUUCUACAAGGGCAAUCACCUUCCAUCCCAUUCACAGCAACUUUUGUCAAGAGCUUCCAACAUCCUCAAGAUCCAAAAGGAAGGAAGUUCAAGGAAAUGCAAGAAGCUGCGAGAAAGGAUGCUGAACGAGCAUUUGGGGUUCUCCAAGCUCGUUGGACAAUGAUUAGAGGUCCGAGUUGCCUCUGGUAUAAAGAAAACAUCACUGACAUUAUGUAUGCUUGCAUUAUUUUACAUAAUAUGAUAAUUGAAGAUGAAGGGGAAAUGACAUGCCAAUGGGUUGAAGACGAACCAAGUACGUCGAGCAACAAUAAUGCAGGAGAAAUAAAUCACGGUUCAAUUGGAGGAUUCAACUAG